UUAUCAUGGGUCCGGUCGUCAUGCCGAAGCUUGGUAAUUCUACUGUUAAAGCCGAGCUCGGUCGUAGUAGCUGGAAGCUCCUCCAUACGAUGAUGUCACGAUUUCCUGAGGAUCCAACUCCUGAUGAAAAAGAUGCUCUUCGUAGUUUCAUAUAUUUGUUUAGUCGACUUUAUCCUUGUGGAGAAUGCGCCAUAGAAUUUCAAAAGAUUCUGGUGAAAUAUCCACCUCAAGUCUCUUCAGGAGAGGCAGCAUCUCAAUGGGCUUGUUCGGUACACAAUGUUGUCAACAAGAGGUUAGAAAAGGAGAUUUUCGAUUGUGGCAAGGUGGCAGAAAAAUACAAAUGUGGUUGUGAGGAUGAAGGCACAUUAAAAACCAUUGGCGAGAUAACCUCAAGCUAA